AUGGACUCACUUUUUGGACUAUUUGAUUAGUUUCUAAGAAUAAAUUUGACUUAUUACCCCUAAAAUUAACAAGCAUACAUAUCAGAAAGUUGGGAAUAAUUUUUAAGUUUAUUAUAAAGUUAACCACUUGAUUAUGGAAAAAUUUACACAUUAAUAAAUAGAAUGACUUAUGAAGAUAUAACAUCUGGAAAAAAUGAAAGAUAAGGCUCUAGUUAAAGAUAAGUAGCUCGUAAUAUUACUGCAGCAUCUUCACCAAGAAUAGUUUCAUCAUCUGUGUCAAAAAACAGUAUUUAGAUUUUUAAUUAAAUCAAAGGCACUAAUAUAUUGUCAAAAAUUUCAUAAAUGGAUAAUGCAGCCAGCCCAAAAAUUGCAGUUUCUAAUCUUGCAAGUUAGCAGUCAUUAAUUAAUAAAAAUUCAUUACAAUAAAAUGUGAAAUAGCAAGUAUUUUUUAUUGUUACAUAGUAAAUGAUAGAAGAAUUUAAUAGAAAUUUGUUAUUGAGCAAAAUAAAGGAAUUAUAAUUUAACUAUUCAGUUUCUACAGAUAAACUUUAUGCUAUCGCAAAAAUAUUUUAAUCUAAAGAGAGUUAGCCAAUUUCAAAAUCACCGAUAAAAUACCCAUUAAAUCAAUAUGUAAACAAAUCAAGAGGAAGUAAUCAUAGUGCAGAGCAUUAUAAAAUUAUUGCUUGA